CAGAUCUACAGUAAACUUUUGUAGUCAUCUCAUGUUCAUCUAAGGAAAUCACCAUUUUAUGAAUUCAUUACAUUACAGGGGCGUUUUAAUGGUUUACACAUAGAAAAACGAGUGUCAUGGCAGUAUCUGAACUUUACUCCAAGUUUGCCCGGGUCUGGCUGCCUGAUGCCGCAGAAGUGUGGAAGCCAGCGGAGGUUGUGAAGGAUUACACCCCUGGCGACCAAACUCUGUCCCUGCAGCUAGAAGAUGGCACAUUGUUAGAGCACAAACUUGAACCUCAAGCCAAGGACUUUCCACCACUCAGAAACCCCGAUAUCCUGGUGGGAGAGAAUGACCUGACAUCUCUGAGCUACCUUCAUGAGCCUGCAGUUCUCCACAAUCUGAAAGUGCGCUUUAUCGACUCCAAGUUGAUCUACACUUACUGCGGUAUUGUUCUGGUUGCUAUCAAUCCUUAUGAGAGCCUACCCAUUUAUGAAAGGGACAUCAUUAAUGCAUACAGUGGGCAGAACAUGGGGGACAUGGACCCUCAUAUUUUUGCUGUAGCAGAGGAAGCAUACAAGCAAAUGGCCAGAGAUGAAAGAAAUCAGUCCAUCAUAGUGAGUGGUGAAUCUGGAGCUGGAAAAACAGUUUCGGCUAAAUAUGCCAUGCGUUAUUUUGCUACAGUCAGCUCUUCAUCUGGAGAGGCCACUGUUGAGGAAAGAGUCCUAGCAUCCAACCCCAUCAUGGAGGCUUUUGGAAAUGCCAAGACAACAAGGAAUGACAACAGCAGCCGUUUUGGAAAGUAUAUUCAGAUUGGAUUUGACAAAAAGCACUGCAUAAUAGGAGCCAACAUGAGAACCUAUUUAUUGGAAAAGUCUAGAGUUGUGUUUCAGGCUCAAGAAGAAAGAAACUAUCAUAUAUUCUAUCAAUUGUGUGCCUCAUCACAUUUACCAGAAUUCAAAAAUUUCAAAUUAGGUGAUGCAGAUGACUUUCACUACACUAACCAAGGUCAAAAUCCAGUCAUUCAGGGAGUGGAUGAUGCCAAGGAGAUGCUAAACACCAGGAAAGCAUUCUUGUUGCUGGGAAUUGAUGUAGCACACCAAAUGGCCAUUUACCAAAUUCUAGCAGCCCUUCUUCAUCUCAGUAAUGUUGAAAUAAAAGAAGAGUCCUCAGACAGAAGUACCAUUGUGCCAAAUAAUUCCCAUCUAAAAGUAUUUUGUGAAUUGCUGGGGGUGUCCUGUGAAGAAAUGACCCAUUGGUUGUGCCACAGAAAACUUAAAACUACAACUGAAACCUAUGUCAAGUCUCUCUCUAAAAUAAAUGCAACAAACGGCCGAGAUGCCCUUGCCAAACACAUCUAUGCAGGACUCUUCAGCUGGAUUGUGGACAAUGUUAACAACAUGUUGAAAUCCACCGUGAAACAACACUCCUUCAUUGGAGUAUUGGAUAUUUAUGGGUUUGAAACAUUUGACAUUAAUAGCUUUGAGCAGUUUUGCAUUAAUUAUGCAAAUGAGAAGCUCCAGCAACAGUUUAAUCUGCAUGUCUUCAAACUGGAGCAGGAGGAAUACAUGAGAGAGGAAAUCCCAUGGACACUCAUUGACUUCUAUGACAACCAGCCUUGUAUAAACCUGAUAGAAGCCAAACUGGGAAUCCUGGACCUACUGGAUGAAGAGUGCAGAAUGCCAAAAGGCUCUGACGACACUUGGGCCCAGAAAAUGUACAACACUUUCCAGAAGCAAAACCCGCACUUUGAGAAACCUCGAUUGUCCAACAGGGCGUUCAUCAUUUACCACUUUGCAGACAAGGUGGAGUACCAGUGUUGUGGAUUCCUGGAGAAAAACAAAGACACAGUAAAUGAGGAGCAGAUAAACGUCUUGAAAAAAAGUCUGUUUGGAAUGGUGCUGAAACUGUUUGAAUAUGACGAGAAAGCAAUAGGCUCAACUAAGAAGCAAUCUAGACCAGCUCAGAAAGAGACUAAGAAAACAGUUGGACUGCAGUUUCGGCAAUCUCUUCAUUUAUUGAUGGACACAUUAAAUGCUACUACUCCUCAUUAUGUGCGGUGCAUUAAGCCAAAUGACAUUAAAGCUCCAUUUACGCUGGACCCUGUUAGAGCAGUUCAGCAGCUACGAGCCUGUGGCAUUCUGGAAACAGUCCGGAUAUCGGCUGCAGGAUUUCCAUCAAGAUGGACUUAUCAAGAAUUCUUUGUUCGGUACCGGGUCCUGUUGAAGCAGAAAGAUAUCCUUUCUGACUGGAAACAAACUUGCAAAAAUCUUCUAGAGAAAUGCAUUCAGGAUAAAAAUAAAUAUCAGUUUGGCAAGAAUAAGAUCUUCUUCAGAGCUGGCCAAGUUGCUUUCCUUGAGAAACUUCGCUUUGAUAAACUCCGGCUGGCUUGUGUGCGCAUCCAGAAGACAAUUCGCUGCUGGAUCGCUCGCAAGAAGUACCUGAGAAUGAGAGAGGCUACUAUCUUUAUUCAAAAACAUGUGCGGGGCUACCAAGCACGCUGUUAUGCCAUGUUCCUUCGACACACUCGGGCUGCUUUGGUUAUUCAGCGAAAUGUGCGGAUGUGGCUGCAGAGGAAGCAAUACCUACGGAUUCGUUCUGCUGCCAUCAUCAUCCAAUGCUUCCUAAGAGCAUAUAUGGCCCGAAUGAACUACUACAAGCUGAUCUAUGAGCGGACAGCUGUCAUCAUCCAGAGGUGGGUGAAGGGCUGGCUGGUGAGGAAACAGUUUAAGCGCACAGUAGCAGCAGUUGUGUUGCUACAGAGCUGUGUGCGCCGCAUGAACGCCAAGAGAGAGCUAAAGAUGCUGAAAGCAGAGGCUCGCUCUGUGGAACACUUUAAGAAACUUAAUGUUGGCAUGGAGAACAAAAUAAUGCAACUCCAGCACAAGAUCAAUGAGCAGCAUAAGGAGAACAGAGAGCUCAGUGAGAGGCUGCAUGCAGUGGAGAGAAUACAAGCUUUGGAAAGAGAAAAACAAAACAAGGAGUUUGAAAACCUGCGGCGGUCAGAGGAGGAGGCCCGAGCUAAAGCUGAAGCUGUCCCAUCACUGUUGGAGCAACUGUCCUUCCUUCACGAGGAGCUGGAAAACACACGGAAAGAGAAGAAGCUGAUUGAAGACCAGGCAAAACUUUAUGUGGACAAAACUCAAAAGGAGGUUGAUGAUCUGAAUGUGAAAAAUGAGAAACUAACACAUGAAAACACUGACAUGCAGAAACUGAUCUUAGAACAAGCUCAAAAGUUAGCAGAAAUUGAUGCAAAUUUUGGAGACAAAAAACAGUUAGAGAUGGACUUGACUGAGGAACGCUCCCGUUACCAGAAUCUUCUAUCUGAGCACUUGGAGCUGGAGGAGCGACACAGAGAUUUGAAAGAGGAAAUAAGCAGCUUGACUAUGCCAAAAUUGGUACACAAAAGAAAUGACUCCUACUAUAGUAGUAACUCAUCAGAGUUUAGUCAGAGCUUGGGGUCCACUGAUGCAGAGGAUAACUCCAGCCAAACAGAGAGUGAAUCAACAGUAGACCUGCCACUUUUGCUCAAGCUGCAAAGAAGAGUAAAAGAGCUAGAGCUUGAGAAACAGUCUCUUUCCCAUCAACUUGAAAACAGGGAGGAAACAGUACAAUUGGUGGAAGAGGAAAAAACUGCAGGCAGAGCAGAGCUGGAUUUGGAAACCUUAAAGAGACAAGAACUUGAGUAUGAAAACAAGAAGCUGAAACAGGACUUGAAUGAGCUACGUAAAUCUCUGACUGGUGAAAACCUCGAUUUGGUGCCUCCUGCUCCGGGAUCCAAACCAUACAGUGUUAUUUUGGAUCAGCUCACGUCAUCCACAGAGGAGCUGGAGAUGAGGAAAGAGGAAGUGCUGCUUCUGCGAUCACAUAUGGUUCGCCAAGAGGCUCUCAAACACAAGGAUACGGACCUGGGUGAUAGUGUUAAACUAAAUCUGACUGAGAUGCCUUCACUUCAAGAUACUUGCAAAUCUAAAAAUGUCCAUACACUAAAUGAAGAUGGAGAACUAUGGUUAGCCUAUGAAGGUUUAAAGGAAACCAACAGGUUGCUGGAGAGCCAAAUACGUGAGCAGGAGCGCACACACGGUGAAGAGCUUAAGCGUCUCCGAGAGGAGCUGAGUAAACUGAAGGAGGACAGGGCGGAGCAGCAGAAGUUUUUGGCACAAAGCCUCCAACUUCCUGAGGCUGCUCGGAUUGAUGCAAGUCUCAAGCAUGAGAUUACACAGCUAACCAAUGAGAACCUUGAACUGAUGGAGGAUCAAGAAAGGCAAGACAAAAUAAUCCACAAGUUAAGAAAGCAACUUAAGUUUUUUAUGAAAAAGGUGGAAGAGUAUGAAGUGAGUGCUCAACUAAAGGAGAGGUCUUCAACAAUAACUCCUCCAGCCAUAAACGUAAAUAUCACUCGCAAAGAGAAAGAAUACCAGGGCAUGCUGAAGUACAAGCAGGGGGAUGAAACUCGACUGCUCAAGAACUUGGUCACUGAUCUGAAACCUCGUGGUGUUGCGGUCAGUUUUAUUCCUGGUCUUCCUGCUUAUAUUAUUUUCAUGUGCCUUCGAUAUGCAGACAAUGUCAACAAUGAUCAGAGGGUCACAGCACUACUCAACACCACAAUCAGCAGCGUCAAAGGAGUUAUUAAGAAAAGAGGAAGUGACUUUGAAGUGGUUUCUUUCUGGCUGUCAAACACCUGUCGAUUACUGCACUGUCUCAAGCAAUACAGCGGAGAAAAGAUGUACAUAGAGCAAAAUACACCCAAACAGAAUGACCACUGCCUGAGUAACUUCGAGCUGUCCGAGUACCAGCAGGUUUUUGAGGACCUUGCUAUCCAGAUAUACCGCCAACUCAUCAAAUGCAUGGAAGAUAUAAUGCAGCCUCUUAUUGUGUCAAGUAUGCUGGAGUAUGAGAACAUCCAAGGAGUGCUUGGGUCCAAACCAACGGGUCUUAGAAAGAAAAGCAGUAGCUUUUCAGAAGAUGGGACUGUUUCAAUAGAGACCCUGCUCCAGCGACUAAGCCUUUUCUUCUCGGCAAUGAGUCAGCAUGGCAUGGACCCACCCCUCAUGAAACAGGUGGUCCGACAGCAGUUCUACAUCAUCUGUGCCAUCACACUCAACCACCUGCUGCUGCGCAAAGACAUGUGCUCCUGGAGUAAAGGACUGCAGAUCAGGUACAAUGUCUGGCAGCUGGAGGAGUGGCUGACUGAGAAGGAUAUGGCUAACAGUGGGGCCAAAGAGAUGCUGGAGCCCUUGGUUCAGGCUGCACAGCUUUUACAGAUCAAGAAGAAGACAGAGGCAGAUGCACAGGGCAUCUGCAAUAUGUGCACUGAACUCACUCCAGCACAGAUUGUAAAGAUUUUGACAUUGUACACACCAGUUAUUGAAUUUGAAGAGCGAGUGUGCACUACCUUUAUAGACACAAUUAAAGAACUUCUAAAAGACAGAGACAAGUCACCCACUUUGAUGAUGGACACAAAGAAGAUUUUCAAUGUUACUAUCCACUUCGCUCCCUCCCCUGUGGCCUUUGACACUAUUCAGAUCCCCACCAGUCUCAAUUUGGGCUUUCUCACACGCAUCUAGACUGUCACUUGAAAUGUAUCAAUACUGAAACAAAACUACCUUCAUUUCAAUUAAAUGGCUAAUAAUGUGUGUUUCCCUGAUUUCAGUUUUGUUUUAUGUUUGCUGAUUGUAUUUUAAGUGUGAUAUCUAAUCUAUCAUUUUAUAAUAUCUUCUGUUUUAAAUCAUCAUCACAUUUUGAAAUGCCAUUCUUUUUUAAGUGAUAGCCUACCUUGUGGGUUCCUGGGUUCUGGAUUUUUCUACCAAAAAAGUCAGCUCACUAAUUUAUUAAAACAUGAAUAUUUAUUAUUUUGAAAAAAGUUUGAAAAAUGUAGCUGAAAUGCAUUGCAGUUAGUGAAUUUGGCAUAUUCUUGUGUUGUGAACCUAAAUAAAUUUGUAAAAUCUG